AUGGCCGAGGGCAGCUGCACCUCCCUCCAGCAUAGAGACAUCAUCCGCUGGAUAACUGAUAAUUUCUAUUUGUGUGAAGGAUGCACUGUACCCUGUCGGCUACUGUAUGAAUUGUAUGUGGAAAGCUGCAGUCCAAAUUGCCCAGUAAAUGCACCCACCUUUGGAAAGCUUAUUCGGUUAGUUUUCCUGGGUCUGGAGAGAAGAAGGCUGUGCUCAAAAAAGAGUGCCAGGUAUUAUUAUGAUGGAAUAACUAUCAAGAAGAACUCUUCCUUUUAUAACCAUUAUUGCUCUCUUCUGCUUGAAAAAAAGUACCACUUUCCAGAGGAAGUCAUCAGUUCUGCCUCUCAGCUGAGCACCCUUGAGAGAAUCAGUAAAAACACCUGCAGUUUUGGAGAUGCAGCUGGUUACAAGAGCAAUAGCCAAAAAAGCGGAACGAAUUAUCACUGUUCUCCAUCUGUCAUUUAUCUGAAGACUGAACAAGACGAGAGAUUUCAGUACUCUUGGCCUGAAUUCAGAAGAUUCAAUCUUUGGGAGCAAGAGCUAGAGAGGAAAUAUCCCUAUGAAAAGGUUGCGCUGCUUGCCAAUGAGUACUACAGCCAUUGUCAAGAUAUUUUACUUGUGGUGAGAAGGAAUGAACUGCACAAGGUGAAAGACUGUAUCAUGUCAUUCUGGAGCUCUCUGCCACCUGAAAGAAUAGCACUGAUGUCCUUGCCAGAUGUAUGCCAGCUAUGCGAAAGCUAUGAUAGGCAGCUAUUCAAGAAAAUAGAUGACAUCCUUAUGCACAAUUUCCUGAAGGAGGUGCCUGUGGAGCACAUGCAGUACCUCAGACUGUUCAGUAAAAAUGUUGAACUUUGGCUGCUUAAUGCUUUGAAAGAGUUUCCGUUACCGCUCCAGACAUCCAAAUCGAAAGAAGUUGCCAUGUUUAUAGGAAGACUCAGGAGAAAGACAGACCUUUCUAACAUAGUCAAGACAGUGAGAACAAUCUUGAACAACAACAGCGUAGUCACUGUUCUGCUAUCAGACUUGCAUGCUGUCAUCAAUCAGGGAUUCCUGGAUGUGCCUGGAAACCUCUUUCAAAAGAAGUUUAGGAGCCCAGAGGAGAUGGAGAACAGCUUAGAACUCAAAUGUUUGAACGACAUAAUGUCUUUGCUGGUACCUUCCAUAGAUAUUCAGAUUCUCCUGAACUGUGUGUCUUCAAAUCUCCAGGCUUUUAUCAUUCAGCCAAGCAGGAGUAAAGAGGAAUUUUGGAAACUGGCAUCGGAUUUUCAGCUGAGAUGGAACUUCCUACUGAGUUCAGUAAGCAAGGCUAUCUCCUUCAACUAUGCAGACAGUUUUG